AUGCCCGAAUCACAAAAAGGGUCCAUCGAAUUCCCUCAGAAACUUACAGGGUUUCAGCCAUUGGCAGGUGGUCCUGGGAACUUUAGAGUUUUGGCUAACAGCCAGGCUGAAGAAGAUGCGUUUGACUACAAGCUGUUCAGGGAUGUGUCAAAACCUACUGGAUUAUUUGGCUCCGUCGCUCACAUAGUGAAAGGAGCUUUGGGAGGUGGUCUACUUGGGGCUCAUGUGUCGUAUAUGAAGGCAGGGAUUGGUACAGCUAUACCCUUAACUCUCUUCUUAGGAUUAUACAUGGCGAUGUGUUUACAUCUGCUAGUAGAAUCAGCUCAAAUCCUCUAUCGACGGACAAGAAUACCAACGAUGUCGUAUUCAGAUGUGGGAGAAUGUGCUGUACAAUGUUGUCCAAACCCUAAAGUGGCAAGAUUUUCUCGAGUAUUCAGGUAUACGAUUGACGUUGUGAUCACUAUUGACCUCUUUGGAGCCUGUGCUUGCUACCAACUUAUCAUAGCGAAGACUAUAAAACAGCUAGUCGAGAAUACUGUAAGCUCUGAUGCGGAACCUCUUGUAACAGGGGGAUGGCAUCUGAAAACCUACUUGGCCAUUAUGAUUGUACCAAUGAUCGUGUUAUGUUUGAUCACUCAUUUGAAAUGGCUGGCUCCGUUUUCCGUCGUGGCUAACAUUGCAGUAGUGGUGGCCAUUAUAAUGGCAAUAUAUUACGCCUUCACAAACAACCCAAGUUUUUCCAACAUGCACGCAGUGACUGAAGUCAGCCAACAGUUCGAGUUCGUUGGAAUGGUUGUCUUCGGCAUGUCCUGCGCAGGAGUGGUGAUCCCAGUUGAAAACAACAUGAGGGAGCCGCAUAAAUUUAAAUACGUUUUCGCCAUUGGUAUGUUUCUAACUGUCCUCUGCACAUUCUUGGUAUCGUUCUUCGGUUACGCCGCAUUCUUAGAAAAAUGCGUCAGCCCAAUAACUCUCAAUUUUGACAUGACUGAAACAACUAAGAUAUUCAAAGGCUGUGUAGCUGCUAUGAUUUACGUUACCCAUGCUUUGAACUUCUGGGUGCCAUUCAACCUGUGUUUCCACUACCUCAAGAAACUGCACAAGACCAACUUCUUGGCCUGGGAAUUGAUCUACAGAGCUAUAUUUGUCGUUAUUAUAGCAGUUGUUGCCAUAGUCUUCCCUGAUAUUAAUGGGUUGAUGGGUUUUCUCGGUGCGUUCUGCCUCACCAACAUGGCGUUCAUCUGGCCCAACGUUAUCACUCUCCUCGUGAUCUGGGAAAGACCAGGCUUCGGCAGGUACAGGUGGAGAUUAUGGAGGGGCAUCGUCUUUAUCUCUAUUGGUAUAUUCCUCUUUGUUUGUGGUAGCAUCGUUAACACCGCCGAACUGGUUUCUAUAUUCAAGAAAACUAAUACUUGAAGUAAAAAUUACAACUUAUUUUAUGUCUGAGAGUGAAGUCUUAACUUACAUUUAUUUAUUGCAAGUGGAUUUGUAAAUCUGUUUUUGUUUGCUCUUCACGCUUAGCCUUAAAAUAUAAAAAGUCUGCUUUGACAUAAUCAUGAUCCUAACAAAUUAGAUUGACUGAAUUUUUUAAUUUAAUUUAAGAAAUUGUAUAAUGAAAUACUGCUCCCAUAGAGUUUUCGAUAUAAAACAACAGAUAGCGAAGCUUGUCUAGAUACCUAUAACGUUACAAGCCUAACCUUAAAUGAAUCAUAAAAAUCUGACUAAUUCCAUUUAGUAUUAGAAUCUUGAGUGCUGCUUCGCUCUUGUGGGACAUUUUUGAUUCUGAAUUCCUUGUAUACGAG